CUGCACCAUUCCGACAACGACCGUGUCCACCCCACUACCGACGAGUAUGUGACGUGCCCAAAACCAACCCAGGGCAAAGUUUCACAUGUCGAGGUGCCUCUGGACGAUCUGCUGACUGAGCUGCAAUUCCUCGAGGCCAACUCCAGUGUGGCUGCCCAGCACCAUGAAUCCCAUGUGGCAGAUGCUGUUCGUGGUAGCGAGUUCGAUCUAGCCACCAUGGUGAAUUCUGGCCGUGUGGAUCCGAUCUGCACCAUGCUGGCACGCCACCCCGAGGACUUUGGGGUCCAGCUGCAUCGUCUGUUCACUGCAGAUCGACCCACCUUUGAGUUGCUCAUUCGCCAGCAGAGUCUGUCGUUGAGCUUUUCCGGGCUCUGCAGCACUCCGACACCGCAGGCACCCAUCGUAUCUGAGACGGAAGAUGGUGACGAGCUGACCCUGUCCAGAUUGGACCUGGAACUGGUGUUGGCACUCGCUGAGGUGCUUACAGCGGCUCAUAUCCCUCUUUACUUUGCAUCCGAUGCUGCCGUGAUGGUGUCGACUGGAUGCAGCAUUGAAAUCAUCCCUGCGCACCGUGGAAUGCGCUCCCUUUCGGCUCCGACCAUGCUGGCUGUCCUCAUGUCAACCCACCUUGGUGAAGAGCUAUGGCGCAUCAUGGAAACGAUGUUUGAUGGUGAUGAUGACGACAUGAACCGUGUCAUGGCGCACCUGUACGCCAUUCAUGAGAGUGGAUUCUUCAGCCUUCCACACAUCGGCAUCACUCGAUGGGAUCACGAAUUGGAACGAUUUGUCGUCCCGACGGAUGAAGUGGAUGACACUUCCACUCCGAUGGACAACUCUACCAUGACCCAAGUGGUCAAUCUGGCUCGCCGUCUCAAACAACCUCCAACCUGUGCCGUCUUUCAAGAAACGAAGAUGUGCAAUGCUCAACAACUCGACACGUUCCACCACCACCUCAACAACGAGGUUGGUGCUGGCAACUACGUUCUUUUCACCAAAGAUCCUCGGGAAACCAGUGCCGACCCGGUUCACCGUCGUCACUGUGGGGUCGCCAGCUUCUUUCACAAGUCCAUGCCUGGCUUCGCCUCAUUGGUUCACCUGGUCAACCAUGACAUCCCUGGCCGUUAUUUGGUGGUCAGGACUGAAUGGAGUGGUUUGCCCGUGUAA